UCGAGCACCUGUCCAACGCAGCUCCAGCUACAGAACCAACAGGAAGACAAUCCCUCCCAAAACUCAACAAGAUGAAGGCCGCUCUCCUGCUCCUGGCCCUGUGCCUGACCUCCCUCUCUGAGGCGGUUGUGGUUAAAGAGGGAGAUUUUGUGUUCUCUCUGGAGUCGGUGAAGAAGCUUCAGGAUCUGGCUGAGAGCAGCAGGCUGUCCGACAGAGAGAACCCUCGCCUGUUGAGCACCAGCCUGGCAGCUGUCUGUACCAACCCAGACCUGCCAAUGGAAUUCCUGCCUCUGUGUAUGCAGCGAGGAGCAUCUGAUUCUCUCUUCAGACUAGCCUUCAUGCCCAUGGAUGUGUGCGAGAUCUGCGCUUUUGCUGCCUGCACAGGACCUACCACAGACCUGUCCUGCAACAACCUGAGACUCAGAGACUUCGCAAGCAGCCUGAGAAUGAGGUCAUUAAGGGUUUUCAUGCUGUUGACGUCUUGUAUCCUGUGGGGAAGUCUGGGUGUGGAGGUCAGGGAUGGAGACAGAAGCUACCCUCUGGAGGCAGUGAAGGUGCUGAAGGAGCUGAUGGAUGCAGACUGGAUCCUGAACCCCAACCUGGCUGAGACCAGCGCCUCGUCCCUCUGUGCCGACCCCGCCCUGCCUCAGUCCUUCCUGCCAGUGUGCCAGGGCAGAGGAGCAGCCCUGACCUUCUACCGGCUUGCAAUGCUCAUCACACCGCUUGAUCCUUGUGAAAUCUGUGCCAACCCAUCCUGCUUCGGAUGUGUGUUCGAGUGACAGGGUGACCGGAACUCUGUUACAAACAUCACCAUGGAGAAUCUACAAGGUGCCCAUCUUCCACUGUUAUAUUUACAACAACAACAAAACGUUUCCCUCACUCGCCUUUCUUUUCACCCAGCCACUAUUCUCUUUCCUCACCCUCCUCUUCCCUCACCCACUCAUCUUCCUUUACCCAGCCCUCCUACCAGCUUCCACACCCGUCAACCUCUCGCCCUCGUGUUCUUGUCGUUCAUCAUGAACUAUAUGGAACUGGAGUAAUUUUUAAGGUUGUUGUAUUGUUCUGUUUGACAUUUUAUACUAAUUUAUUAUCUGAAAAUGUUUCCUCAUGGUUUAUUAUUUUGCACUUUGUGGAACUGAAAAUAAAGAUAUGUUUGACUUUAA